CAUUUACCGACGAAAUCCCUCCCUUCUCCCGCCGGAACUUCCACACGACCAGCAAAUCGCCGCCGUCGGCGACACAAUAACGACCAUCUCCCUAACCUCAACAAAUCGGAAGGUAGAAGAUUAGGAAGGAAUCUGACAUUUUUCAUGACAUAUUUUUCAAAUACGGAUUUCGAGUGGCCUCCAUUAAAGGAUUCAAAGAUGAUCCCCAGAAAAUUGCAGACACAUUUCAGAAAUCUAACUUUCCAAACCCUAGGGUUGCAUGCCUGUAGAGAUAAGUUUCAUUUUAUAAUCGAAUUAAAAUUUUUUAAGAACUGUUUAUCUUGGGUUAAGUUUACAGACUCUAUUUUAGGAGAUCUUAAAUGUAAUUAUUAAUAAAAUCUCAAAUUUUCAGAAUGUGCUCAAAUUUGUUGUAGUAUAGUAGUAUAAAAUAAUUUGGGAGAUAUUUGAGGAGAUCUAAACUGUCUCUAUUUGUAACUGAAAACAUAAUUUCAGUGAAUUCUUCUUUUGGAGCUGAAAAAUUGGUUUUAAAAUGCUAAAAUUUGAGGAUUUUCUACAUUUUCUUUUGGAUUUCAGUGAAUUCUUCUUUUUGGAGCUGAAAAAUUGGUCUGCUAAAAUUUGAGGAUUUUCAACAUUUUGCCCAUAGAAGCACCACCUGAAUAUAGGUAUAGGUAUAGGUUUGAAGUAAAAUGAAUUUGCUCAAAGGAAGAAGAAGAAAAAAAUACAGAUUCCGCGAGAUUAUUAUAUUAAAUUUUUAGUUUAUUACAAAAACCUAUACUUACAUUUUGCUCAAAGGAAGAAGAAGAAAAAAAUACAGAUUCUGCGAGAUUAUUAUAUUAAAUUUUUAGUUUAUUACAAAAACUUAUACUUACAUGUGGUUUUUGACAGGAUUAACAUUGACAGCCAAUGGAAUAGCCAUAAAGAGGAAGGAUAAAUAGCUAUAACAGAAAACUAAUCAAAUAAAUCAAAGAGGUACCAAAAUGAUGGAAGACAACAUAUCAGGAAGAAUAUCUAGAAGAUGACAGACAUAUCUGAUUUAAGGAAUACAAAAUACAUCUCAUAUGGAAGGAGAAGGAGAGAGAAGAAAGAAUUACAGAAAGAAGGCACAAAAGGUGCUACACGCCUGAACCCUUUUUGAGUCUAGACUCUAAAAAGUAGAUAAUAGAAGAGGAAGAAGGCAUUACUCUGAAAAGGAAUUUUUUCUUCAAAAACUUUUGAAGAACCAAGAGAAGUAUUAUACAAAAUCAUAUUAAAAUUAUUCCAACAGAAAAGGAUAUAUAGUCAAAAACAAUUGCAAGACCAAAGAAGGAUUUUACAAACUAUGGUGCAGAGUUAUGCAGCCUAUGAAGGAUUUUACAAACUAGUUCAUUCUGAAUUCGAUCAGAAACUGUAAAAGCAAUUUUGCAUUUGCUACAGUGCAACGCCAUAUUUGAGUCAUUGUUUGCGAAAAGGGACAAAAAGGGAUUUUUUAGCAGCAAAAAUGGGAUUUGUAGUAUUGUUCGAGAUGCCCUUUACUCACUCCGUCUUCAACAGUAAGUGAAUUUCUGAAAAUUUGAGUAUUUCAUGGCGACAAUGGAGAUCAAUGCCGCUCUAUUUCAAAGCUUGAAAUCUUUCAUCCAGCUCAAGAAUGUGCACGCCCGUCUCUUUCGAUUCAACCUUCAUCAGAACCGAUUUAUUCUCAACAUGCUUCUGAAAUCGGCUUUUCAUUUCAAUCACCCCGACUACGCCGCAGCGUUAUUCAGCGGGAUGCAACCCAAUUUCCAUUUAUACCACACCAUGAUUCGUGGGCUUGUUUCAAGAGAUCAUUUUGACGACGCCAUUAAAUACUUUCACGUGAUGUGCCGCGAGGGAUAUUGGGCCAACAAUUUCAUAUUUGCUUUUGUUCUGAAAUGCUGCUUGAAGAAUAUGGACAUUAAACUUGGUAUGAAUGUGCAUUCUUUGAUUGUGAAACAGGGUUGUGAGUUUGAUUCACAGGCGAGUACUGGAUUAGUUGGAUUGUAUUCAAAAUUGGAGCGUCUGGCUGAUGCGCGGAAGGUGUUCGAUGAAAUGCCUGAGAAGAAUGUGGUUUCGUGGGCUGCGGUUAUGAACGGGUAUGUUAGCGUUGGGAGGUUCAAGGAGGCUAUUGACUUGUUUAGGGAGUCGCUGGAGGCGGGUUUGAAGCCGGAUAGCUAUACACUUGUUAGAGCAUUAUCUGCUUGCAGUCAGCUAGGAGAUGUGGUGGUUGGAGAGUGGAUUCAUAAAUAUGUGGUGGAUAGUGGGAUGGGGCCGAAUGUGUUUGUGAAUACUGCGUUGGUGGAUAUGUUUGUCAAGUGUGGAAAUAUGGAGAAAGCGCGUGCCAUAUUUGAUGGGAUGCACGAGAGAGAUGUUGUUACUUGGGGCACUAUGGUGCAGGGUUACGCAGCCUAUGGUUUUCCAAAGGAGGCUUUGGAAGUAUUUCGUAUGAUGCUAAGAGAGAAUAUAGGGCCAGACCACUAUGUCAUUGUCGGGGUGCUCUCUGCUUGCGCUAGGCUUGGGGCUUUGGAGCUCGGGAAACGGGUUUGCAGCAUGAUGGAUAGGAAUGUGUUUCUGUGCAAUCCUGUUGUGGGGACCGCCUUGAUUGACAUGUAUGCCAAAUGUGGUGAAAUGGCUCUAGCUUUUGAGGUUUUUGAAGGAAUGAAAACCAAGGAUCUUGUCGUUUUCAAUGCUAUCAUUUCUGGUCUAGCUAUGACUGGCCAUACCAAAAUAGCAUUUAGUUGUUUUGGUUUGGUUCAGAAAUGUGGAUGGAAUGGUGACGGGAACACGUUUCUCGGUCUACUGUGUGGAUGUUCUCAUGCUGGACUUGUUGAUGAUGGGUAUCGUUUCUUCAAUGGUAUGAGUGACUUAUAUUAUUUGGAUCCUACAAUUGAGCAUUAUGGAAGCAUGGUUGAUCUUCUUUCUCGAGCUGGUUUAUUAAACGAAGCUCAUGAUAUGAUCUCAAGUAUGCCAAUGAAUGCCAAUGCCAUAGUUUGGGGAGCUCUGUUGGCUGGAUGUCAGAUGCACAAGAAUACUCGAUUGGCUGAGCAUGUAUUGCAACAUUUAAUCAAAUUGGAGCCGUGGAACUCGGGGAACUACGUCCUUUUAUCAAAUAUUUACUCGGCUAAUAAGAAAUGGGAUGAAUCAGAGAGUAUUAGGGCAGUCAUGCAAGAGCAAGGGAUUCAGAAAGUGCGUGGCUGUAGUUGGAUAGAGGUGGACAGUAUUGUCCAUGAGUUCCUCGUUGGAGACACAUCCCAUACUGUGUCAGAUGAGAUAUAUGGUAAACUCUCUGAGCUGGCUAGGGAGCUAAGGGCAGUUGGUUUUGUGCCCAGCACGGAAUAUGUGUUGUUCGAUGUAGAAGAGGAGGAGAAGGAGCAGUUCUUGGGCUGUCACAGUGAGAAGUUGGCUCUUGCAUUUGGCCUAAUUGCAACAAAAGAACAUUGUGUUAUCCGGAUAGUUAAAAACCUCCGUGUAUGUGGCGAUUGCCAUGCAUUCAUCAAGCUCGUGUCGAAGAUUACAGGGAGAGAAAUUAUUGUUCGUGAUACUAACCGUUUCCAUCAUUUUGUCAAUGGGUGGUGCUCGUGCAGAGAUUAUUGGUGAAUCGUAGCGACUAGCAUUAUAUCAGUCAAAGCACCAUGUUAGCAAAAGAGGAAACAUGGGUAUUGAAGUUGGGAUUGAUGAAAAGCAAUGGGUCUUCCUUAUCUCUAUGUGAUGUUAUAGACAUGGCAAGGACUCGAGAUCUGAAAUACCAACCUAGACCACGAGGGCCACGACCAGAUUUUGGAAGUCAUCAUUCAAAGUAGAUAUCGGCCAGACUUCAAAG